AUAGAGAUUUCAGAUCCUUUGUUUAUUAUAAUGGCGUUAAGGAUGGUCACGCUUGUAGCUUUGUUAGCAACUUCUUCAAUCAUUCUAAGUUACAAUGGAGUUUACGGAGGAGGAACUACCCUCACCAUGGAAGAAGAAGAUGUUGAGUUGGAGAGACAACUCAAACGUAUGAACAAGCCUGCAGUCAAGAGUAUCAAGACAGAUAAUGGCGAAACAUAUGAUUGUGUUGAUUUCUACAAACAACCAGCCUUCGACAACCCAUUACUCGAGAACCACAUACCCGAGAUGAGUUCUUCGGUUCAAAGAGAGACUCCUAAAGAAGCUUUUUCUGGAGCAGAACAGCCGGAUCUCCGACUCGAUGGAGGGGGUUGCCCAUUAGGAACAGUUCCAAUUAGGAGGACAACAAAAGAAGAUCUAAUAAGGUGGAAAUCCUACUCAAAAUCUUCUGGAAAUUUUCACCAAUUCUUAAAUGUGGCCCCUGGUACCAAAGUAAGUCUCCCCUAA